GUUUUGGUGAAGAUGACUGUACCUGGGAAGCUGAAUCCAAUGUCUACGCAGAUGACCUUGUUGAAGAAUAUUGGUCAAAGAAAGAAAAAGAAGAGGAAGAGGCGUCAACGUCAAAAGCUAAAGGAAGAAAGAGAGUUGCACAGUCAACAGCACUUGUGAAAAGGCAAGAUUCUAAAAGACAACGUAGUGUAAUGAAAACAAAAUCUCCGAGAACUAAAAUGGAAGAAGAUGAAUUUGAUGAAGAUUGGGAAGACCAAGUCACUGCAGUUGAAACGGUUACACGUGAUGAUAAAACUGGUGAAUUAAUGGUAUAUCUAAAAUGGAAAAAUGGUGAAACAUCCAGACAUCCAGCAAAAGAUGCCAACGCAAAAUGUCCUCAGAAGCAACGUUUGACGUUUGCACCUCCUGCGAAUCAUAACAAAACUUAG